GUAAUUUAAAUAGCCCCUUGCGCAUUUUGAUGAAUAGUGUCGCUGUCAAAUGCAUUAGAAACACAUCAAGGCGUGUUGAUAGUCAGACAGCUGCAAGGGAGAGGAGCGGAAGAAAAGCUGCGUCCUGUCUCCUCUUCAUGGUUACAUGUAGUUAUUUAUCAGCGGAGCUGGAUGUAGGGGAGAGUUUGUUCAACUGUUACCGUGAGCGUGCUGUUCCGGGGUUAACGUUCUGUUUCUUUGCCUUUUUUCUGGAAAGCCAUGGAGACCAGAACAUGUCAAGUCUAAGUGAGGUUUUACUACUCUAAGUGUGUCUAGGUUCUUGUACAUAUUUUUCCGCCUUGUCAAACUUCAACGCAGGAGGGAAACCUUUGGCUCGAUCAGGAGCCCCUGAGGACCCACAUCAGCAUGGUAAACAGCCAAGCAUCAGGCGUACCGCCCGCCUCCAGGUCUUGUGCAGGAUGCGGUGGGAAGAUUGCUGACCGCUUCCUACUCUUCUCCAUGGAGCGCUACUGGCACACUCGCUGUCUCAAGUGCUCUUGCUGCCAAGCCCAGCUGGGGGACAUUGGCACCACCUGCUACAGCAAAGGGGGCAUGAUUCUGUGUCGGAGUGACUACAUCAGACUGUUCGGGCACAGCGGGGCGUGCAGCGCCUGCGGCCAGUCGAUCCCAGCCAGUGAAAUGGUGAUGAGGGCACAGGGAAAUGUUUACCACCUCAAGUGUUUCAGCUGUGCCACCUGUAGAAACAGACUGAUGCCUGGUGAUCGUUUCCAUUACAUCAACGGUACGAUCUUCUGUGAGCACGACCGACCCGGCGCUGCCUUGCUCAACAGCCACCUGCCUCCACUCCAGAGCAACUCUGUGCUGACAGACCAGAAGGUAUGCUGAGGGGCAGGAGCGCAGUGUUUUGUUCUCGCCUUUUCUUCCUAACUUCACUUCUCCUUGGUGCACUCUUCUUCUCCUGCUACUGUUGCCAUUGUUGUGGAUUCUCAUCACUGACCUGCUUCCCUUCUCCAGAGAGGAUGCAGUUGCACACCAAGAUGUCCCGUCUGUCACCGUAUCAGAGACUCUGUGUACUGCAUACAAACUCACAUUUAUGUUGUGCUCAAUGUUAAAAUGGUCCCCGCAUCAUACAGACACUUACAGUAUACGUAUGUGAACUGAACCGUUAAAAGGCUCCUUCAGGAAUAACCGAAAGCUGGAGGAAAACGAUGAUGGUGGCUAGCGCCAACUGGGAACAUGAACAGAAGAUGCUGGAAUGAAAGUUUGAUGGGCUGCUGUAAAAUGACUGUCAAAGCUUUGCUUAUGCCAUGUGGCAUUGUUACCCCUGAUGUUAAUGAACUCUUGAUCUUUCUCUUGUAUAUGUUAAUAUGAGAUCAUACACAGGUUUGAAUGUAGACGAUGGGUAUCU